UCGAAGUAUACUGGAAAAGAAGCUUGCAGAUGCUGAUGUCUCAGAGGAAGACCAAAAUAAUGUACUGAAAUUUCAUGAAAAGAAAGAAACUGAAUACAUGCGUCUGCAAAGGCACAAAAUGGGAGCUGAUGAUUUUGAGUUAUUAACAAUGAUUGGAAAGGGUGCAUUUGGGGAGGUAAGAGUUUGUAGAGAGAAAACAACGGGUCAUGUAUAUGCAAUGAAAAAGCUUAAGAAAUCAGAAAUGCUUCGUAGAGGACAGGUUGAGCAUGUAAAAGCUGAAAGGAAUCUGCUCGCAGAGGUGGACAGUAAUUGCAUUGUCAAACUGUAUUGUUCUUUCCAAGAUGAUGAGUUUCUUUAUCUAAUCAUGGAAUAUCUACCUGGUGGUGAUAUGAUGACCCUACUCAUGAGGAAGGAUACACUAACUGAAGAUGAAGCCAGAUUUUAUGUUGCAGAGACUGUUUUGGCUAUAGAAUCUAUCCAUAUACAUAACUAUAUACACAGAGACAUUAAGCCUGAUAACCUGCUGCUUGAUAGAUACGGUCAUUUAAGACUAUCAGAUUUUGGACUUUGUAAGCCAUUGGACUGCAGCACCCUUGAAGAGAAGGAUUUCGCAGCGGGUGAUAGUGUCCAUGGAACUUCUCGGAGUGAUGGUUCUUCAGUGCCAAAACGCACUCAGCAAGAGCAAUUACAACAUUGGCAGAAAAAUAGGAGAACACUUGCAUAUUCUACAGUUGGUACACCAGACUAUAUAGCUCCUGAAGUCCUGCUGAAGAAAGGUUAUGGAAUGGAGUGUGACUGGUGGUCGCUAGGUGCUAUUAUGUAUGAAAUGCUAGUGGGUUACCCACCUUUCUAUUCUGAUGAUCCCAUGUCAACAUGUCGCAAGAUUGUAAACUGGAAAUCACAUUUAAAGUUCCCUGAAGAAGCAAAGCUAUCUUCAGCAGCGGAAGAUCUUAUUAGCAAACUCCUUUGCAAUGUUACCAUGCGGCUAGGUUCGAAUGGUGCUGACGAAAUAAAGGUUCACCCGUGGUUUAGAGGAAUAGACUGGGAUAGAAUCUAUCAUAUGGACGCUGCCUUCAUCCCUGAGGUUAAUGAUGAGUUGGACACCCAAAACUUUGAGAAGUUUGAAGAGUCUGAAACUCAUUCCCAGAGUUCAUCAAGAUCUGGUCCUUGGAGGAAGAUGCUCUCAUCAAAGGACAUCAACUUUGUAGGGUACACGUACAAAAACUUUGAAAUCGUGAAUGAUUACCAAGUGCCUGGAAUGGCUGAAUUGAAGAAGAAGAAUACCAAGUCAAAGAGACCGUCAGUCAAAGCACUAUUCGAGGACGAGUCAGAAGGAUCGGAAACAAGUAAAGGAUCAGAGACGAGCAAAGGAUCAGGGGCAAGCAAAGGAUCAGAGGCAAGUAAUUCUCAGCAAUCCCAAGGAAGCUUUGUAAAUCUCUUGCCUUCAUGAGUUGGAAGUUUCUUAACAAAUGAGGAUAUAUAAUCGUGGAUCUUGCAGUUACAGUUAAGAGAGCUUCUGAACUGUUGUUAGCAUGAGUACAGAGUUUUGGCAGUUGGUUAGUGGCUUAUUUGGUCAGGGAUGUAAGUAAUUAGGCUGAUAUCAAAGAGAAUUAUGUUGGAUAUGAAAUUACUAAUACUGUUAAGAGUUUGGUUGUAACAGUACUGAUCUUUUGAUUAAAGAUUUAGGAGGUCAUGAAUGACAUCUUUGAUCUCUCAACUUUAUUAUUA